CAGUGGUGUCUUUUUUAGUUCGCACAUAAUUAGUGUUGGGGCACAAAGCGAGAUGCUGAAUGGAGAUUGUCAGCUUUUGAAUAGGGGUGAGUAGGAAUCUUUUAAAAUAAGAUCGAUCAAUGAGGACAAUUUUAUUUUUUCUAUCCCCUUUACUCUCUACCCACUGCUUGAUAUCUAACAUAAGUAAAGAGCCUUGCCCGUAAUCCUUUUGCAUUUCCAACCAGGAUUCCCUUGGCUGACAAAGUAAACAAAAUAUAAUAUCACUGUCUGCAGCUAGAAUACAAAAACGGAAUAGAAAACAUUUUUUUAAUUGAUUAAAUAUGAUGUGAUAAAUAUUAUGUGAUAGGUGCUAAAACAAUAUCCAGAGUGGUUCAAUGGACAUUUUCUCAGAGACAUCCCUGGAUAUUUAUGCUAAUGGAUUUCCUUCUAAUUGGACUGUACUUGAAGUGGCCACUGAAGAAGCCCCCUGGGUUGAUACUGUGUUUAUUGGGAAUAUUUCUAAGAACGGUUCCCUUGGUUGAGGGGGUUUGUCCAAGGCUGUGCCGCUGCGACAGCAAGCUGCUGUACUGCGAGGGGCUCAACCUCACAGACAUUCCCCGCAAUCUGAGCAGCGCUAUGGGCCUGUCCAUGAGAGAGAACAACUUGACCGAGCUGCGUGAAGGCCAACUGGUUGGUCUGUCACAGCUCACCUGGCUCUACCUAGAUCACAACAACAUUGACAUUGUAGAGGAGGGUGCAUUUGACAGGCUAAGACGGGUCAAGGAGUUAGACCUCAGCAGCAACCGCAUUGAGAGUCUGCCAAAUGGUACCUUUAGGCCCCUCCCAAACCUGCGUAUCCUGGACCUCUCAUACAACAGGCUGCAGGCACUAGAGCCUGACCUGUUCCACGGCCUUAGAAAGCUCACCAAUUUGCAUUUGCGCUACAAUGCUCUCAAAUUUGUGCCAGUGCGGAUUUUUCAAGACUGCCGGAGCAUGCAGUUUCUAGACUUGGGAUACAACCAACUGCAGAGCCUGGCACGAAACUCCUUCGCUGGCCUCUUCAAGUUGACUGAGUUGCAUCUUGAGCACAAUGAGCUGGUUAAAGUCAACCUAGCCCACUUCCCUCGCCUCAUCUCUUUACGCACCCUGUACAUGCACAACAAUCGUGCCACUGUUGUUGUCAAUACACUGGACUGGACAUGGCAUUUUUUAGAGAAGAUUGACCUGUCAGCCAAUGAAAUCGAGUACAUGGAGCCACAUGUUUUUGAGAGCGCACCCAACCUCAAGGUGCUCAUGCUAGACUCCAAUCGGUUGACCUCUGUGGAACAGCGCAUCCUGGAUUCGUGGUCAUCUUUGGACAGCAUUACCCUGGCAGGGAAUGACUGGGAGUGCAGUCGCAAUGUGUGUGCCUUGGCCUCUUGGCUGAGUGCCUUCCGAGGCCAGCGUGAUAAUUCCCUGCUGUGUUCAAGCCCCGACACCGCACAGGGCGAGGAUGUGUUGGAUGCUGUCUAUGCUUUUCACCUAUGUGAGGAUCCCCAAAUGGAAGUAACUACAGCAGGCCUGUACGCCUCUACAAGGGAUCUGGCCCAGGGUGGUUCUGUUUUCCAGGGCCCAUUUACUCCUAACCCUUAUGAGGGUGAGGGUAGCGAGGUGGUUACCAGUUCUUUCACUGUCACAGUGGGCCACGAUGACCUGGAGAGCACCAUGCAGAUCCACAAGGUGGUGACUGGCACCAUGGCACUCAUCUUUUCCUUUCUCAUCAUUGUGCUCAUGCUGUAUGUGGCAUGGAAGUGUUUUCCAGCUGGAAUAAGACAACUGAGGCAGUGUUUCAGCAGUCAGCGCCGUAAGCAGAAGCAAAAGCAAAGCAUGCAGCAGAUGGCUGCAAUUUCUACACCGGAGUACUAUGUUGACUAUAAACCUAACCACAUUGAGGGAGCCCUGGUAAUCAUCAAUGAAUAUGGCUCUUGCACUUGCCAACAGCAACCUUCUCGGGAAUGUGAGGUGUGACCCUGCUUUGUGAGUAAGUCUUUACCUGUGAUUAUCUGGAUAUACAGUAACAUCACUUUUUUGGAUACAUUGGGGAGGGGAAUAUUGCGGGACAGAAGGAAUAAAGGGAUCUUUUUGGACACUUUUUACACAGCUUCUCACUGUGAUGUGAAAGGAGUGUGCUUUAUGCGACUAUUUUGCGGUGGAUUUACUGCUACUACUAUCUACUGCUGAGUUUAGGCCACGGGGCAUAAGAGGCACCUGACUCUUGGACCUGUUGAUGUUCUACAGAAUACAUUGUGGGAACUGAGGCUUUUCUCUCUUGGGUGGAUAUUUGAGCUUUAAUGUGUAUUUUUACUUCAGGACAUUUAAUUAUUGUUUGAAAAUAAACUGGGGACACACAAAAGAAGAAAAAAAGAAAAAAAACACCAUUUGUAUUAUGGUAAACACAAUAUUUGACAAGCAUUUAAAAUCUAAAAAAAAUUGUUUAAGUUGGAUUACAAAUGUAAAAAUAAAAGUCUGUGUAAAAUAUGUUAAAAGAAGAAGUGCAAGUGUGGAAAAAAAUGAUACAAAAUAAUCUAUUUCUUUUGUAAACUACAAAAAAUGUUUAAAUAAAUGAAAUGCUAUUCACAGUAAAUUCAUUUGUACGUGAGAAGCCUGUCAGAAAGGAUGGAUGACAAUAGAUGCAGUCUUUGCGCCUGUAGACUGGAGAGCAAUGUCUCUGCAGUGUGUCGAACCAAAAAAAUGAAAUACGAAAAAAAGAGGCAAAGGGAUACAGUAGAUGCAUCUCAUCUCCAAUGUAAAACCCAUGGUCUGAAUUUUAGAUCUCUGUUUUAACUCAUAUUUGUUGUUUUAGCAUUCACUGUGUUUGCUCACUAUCAGUGUAGUUUUCCCCCUUCCCAUUGCCUAUCUGAGAAUAGAUUCAAAUGAUCUAUCACAUCGGAUAGCAUAAUUCCAUAAUAUCACAUCACUAUUUGUGCACCAUCCAAGUAAAGAAAGCAGAGCGUCAAAGAUCUAAAGCUAUGCCUGUCAUUGCCUCUCACUCUUUGGCUCGAUGCCUCCUUUCACUGAAUCAAGCACACUAAAGGCAACAAUCAUCAAAAUCAUGCAUACUUCAAAAUACAAUUCCAAAUUGUAUCAGAAUUAUUGAAGGAAUUAUCCAGCAGCUUAAAUGAAGAUUUGCACAUACAAUAUUCUUCACUGUGUUUCCAUGUGAUGUAAAAUGUUUGUUGAAUACAAGGCCAUUUUGAGGUGUAUAUAUAUCCUUCUUCCUCUGGUGUUCAUUGUGUAAAUUAGUGCACUGACAGAUGUUGUGUUUCCUGGGUCCUUUGACAUGAACAGUAUGUUGUGUGAGAAGGGGGGAAGUGAGAGUGAGAUGGAGGAUCACAACGACUGCAGAAAGAGGGAACAGACUGCUCUCUAGUGUGCAUAUUCUCAUACUGUGGCUGCAUUUUACCUAUUGUGCACCAUACUCUGCAAACCUCCACAGCGGGGGCAACAUCAAUACUGAAUUUGCAGCGGCUUUUCUGAAAAAAAAUCUAUUUGCCUCAUUUUUGUGUUAUUUUGCGAUAAAUUAAGAUAAUGUUUACAACUUGUAAGUCAGCAGGAAUAAAAAUGUUUUAAGAAC